UCAGAUGGUUUGUAAAUGUUAUUUUUUAAAAUCAAAAAGUACGCAGCGUCUUUUUAAAUGUACCUUUUAAUUUAACUCGGCUUAUGGCAGUAUAAUGAUGUUACAGAUCGCUGCCAUUUGUCUGAGCAGCCAACUGAAACUUUCAAGAAUAAACUUAAGACAAGCAAAUGUAGCUGAAAGUGGAAAACUUUUAAACCUUUUUGUGCUUAACAAAUGGAAGCAGCUAAAAUGCCAUGAAACUGACAAAGUCAAGUUUGCCCAAAAGAUCAUGCAGAAGGUCUUGACUGAGUUACAUCAGGAUUUCUUAUUUUACAGAGAUGAAUAGAACAGACUCGUAUGCACUGGAUUUGCUUUAAUACUUGAUCAUAACGGGCUGAAAUUCUUUCCAUUGGUUUGUGAAGUACGUGCUUGUGGCAGCACCUAUGUUAGGUUAUGUUUGAAAUGACUUGUGAGCCUUAUUUUCAAACAUGACCUUAACAUAUCAGCCAAGAUUAAUAAUGACUUGACAAUUAGUCAUUGAAUUCAUGGUCAAUUUCCUGCUAAAGCUCAGCAGAGAUUUUUGACUGAAUCUGCCCAUUUAUGACAGAGUUCAGUUUUUUCUGUAAAGCUGUACUGGUGUAGCCUAGCCACGCUAGACCCAUGUUUCUGACGGCACAAGGGUCUAGGGAAGCUCGACAGGGAGGGAGGCGGCUAAAAGGUUGUCUAUCAAACCCCUCUGCAGCAAUUGAGUAGGUAUACAACCAAUCAACACAACAAAUAGGCUGACGUAGUUCCUAGAGCACCGGCAGAUUGUGGCUAAGUCCCAUUAGCCAUAGAUAUACCAUUAGCUUCCCAACCAGCGGAGCCAACUGGUAUAUUAAGGAUUUGCCAUAUCCCGUCGGCAUAAGUCCAAAUACGUCUUUCUUCUCAAUGAAACACUUCAGUGCCGUCCUUUGUUUAUCUUUCAAGUUGAAUUUUAGCUUCAAAUCUUUAAGGGCUGUGGCCAAAGCCCAGUCGAAAGAUAACUGUUUAUUGUGCGCAGGUUGUUUCUGUCAGAAUCGUUGCGCCUCUGUCAUCACUUAGUUACGCCCGCCUUCUGACUCUACACUUCAUGGUGAUUCGUCCGGCCAGUUUUAGGAGAAUCCAGCCUCGAGCCUUAUGGAGGGUAACUAGACCCACCCUGGCAGAGAAUAGACCCUGUGCACGUCAAAAAUGCUAACUUCCGGGUUCUGACCGGAGGGGCUUACAGGUCCUUCCGGAGGCUAUUACGCAGCAUGGAUAACAUGGAAUCAAAAAAGAAAAACACUGUUUUCUCGGCAAAACAAAAAAUCAGAUUUCAGCGUGUUCAAGGUCGAUAUGGGAGGUACUGUAGUGUACCAUUAUGUUCGGCUUUUGGUGUUUAUAACAGUUCUAUAAGCCUUCACCAUUUUCCAAAAGACCGGCAUUUGCGGGCUCAGUGGAUUGCCAAAAUUAGACGAAAAAAAAUGUUUCACACUGAGCUGAGGAUCGGGAAUAUUAGUGCAUAGUCACUGAUCAAACAGCAAAUAUCUGAUAAACUAUAACAACAAUCCGUGCACUCUUCAAUCAUUUGUUAUUCCGUUUUUACAUCUAAUCAAAUAUAGAGGAAAUCCAAGCAUUUGUCAUUUUGUUCAAACAAAACUACAAAUAUAAAAUGUCUUGCUGAACUCGACUAACCCUUUAAGCUGCAGUCAAUUCCAGCCACUUUCAGUACAAAAAAUCGCUAACAUUCUAUUUGUAAAUAAAAAUAUGACGAGAAAUACAGGGAAUAUUAGAUGCGCAUCGCGAGGUGCAUUUCCUUGAAAACGACCUAUUCGUGGAGUAUAUACCGACUUCAAGACAUGUUUUGGACAAAAUAUGUUACUGGCUUGUUUAGUCUGGAUGUCCAAGGUUGGAUUAUGGCCGUUUUUUGUGGAAUAUUUUCAUCCGUGUGUAAUAAUGAACCCGGAAAUGUGGGUCGCGCUGUGUACGUUGAAGCCGUGUAUAGAGAACGGAUGGAUGGAUAUUCGUUGUUUGUUGGACAAAUGUGUUUAUAUUACCCGCUGUGGUAAUCACAUCUGAAAGUUGUUUAUACCGGCGGAUUCAUGAGAAUCUAAGCUUUCCAUCGGCGUAUAGUGUUUGUAUAAUCGCGUUUGCAGUUUCAGACGUUUAGCAAAUUGCUUAUGCAGAUCUCAAAGUGUACCGCAGAUGGGACACUGAAGCGCAACGGGCUAAGUACCAAAGACUAACGUGUAAAGUGGAUUCUAGUAGCUAACUAAGCAAAAAAUAGUAAUAUAUAAAUACUGGAAAAUAAAAUGAUAAGGUACAUGUUUGGCAAGCCCUACAGUUAAGCUAGCGCUAGUUAUGUAGGAUGCGAUGCCACUUACCUUCAAAGUUAUAUAUGUACUGGGAUAUAUAAAAUUUGAAUCCCUUUUCCCGUUUGCUUUAAGGAGCUGACGCAAAAUCAUCAUCGAUACGAUAAACAUCGUCAACAGAAAUUUUAGGCAAGUUGCCUAGGCAUCUGGAAAAGUAAAGUGUACUGCUGGCUUCUUCCAUUCUGACAGCGCUGUAAGCAGGACCGGAAGUAACUGUAGCACCCGGAGUUUUUCAACCGGAACUAGCACAUGCUAUCGUGCACAGGGUCUAUUAAAUUCGUUGCCGUGGGUUGUCUAGCGCGGCUAGGCUAGUACUGGUGUUGAUUUGUAAAAAAGUAUAAAAAGUAGGCGGCACUUAAGCAUUUACAUGAUGCAAUAUCUGUUGGGUAAUGCAGACUGGUGGCACAGUGAGAUUAGUCACAAAGAGCAUUAAAUGAAAAAUUGCUUUUGGAAUGCUUUUUUUAACCUUUUAACUUCCAAAGUGUUUACAAUAUGUUUCUUUUACCCACGCACACACACGAACCAAUGGAUGCAGAAUAAAACUACGGAAUUUUUCUUUUUAACUACAAGAAAAGUAUUGAGUAACUUUCCGGGUGCCUUUUUAGAAUGUUUUUUCAGAGGAACAUUGUGCAAAAAUUAUACUGUAGGUGGCAUCAAUUUGGGAGGAUGGCUAUUCUGGCUGUAGUUAGUGGUCCUAUGGCUCAUUCUACACCUCCUGACUACUGCUCCAACUGUGUUUCCACAAACUUUUGGUUGGUCAUUGAUCUUCCUAUGCAAUUUUCCAUCAGUUAGAUUUUUUAGGUCUUCGGUAAUUGUUUUCCAUGUAGAGGCAUGAUGCAGGCAUGGAAAUAGACACAUCAAAUGGGUCCAAAGCUGAGUAAGUUGCAGUGUUCACAGGUCAUUGAAAUAACCAGGUUCAUGCUGUAACACUGAUUGGAAAUCUCAGCUGUAUUUCUUUUAAUGUCAGUGACCUCACUUUUUCAAAUUUGUGUCAAUGAUCACAGGAUGCUACCUUAAAGCCUGCAUUUUCCAAUUUGUCUUCUCAAAUAAUUUCUUUUGUUUGUUCACAUGAGCUAUCACUAUUACUGUCCCGCUCAUAAAUAAUGCAGUUAUUAUAAGAAGAUAACAUUUUGAAUCAUUUAAAGUCUAUUUACCGUUGUUGUUACUGUAAAAUUUCUCGUAUUUUCAGUUGUUUACGAUACUUUUAAUUUGAAUGAAACCCGCACAUGUCAUUCAAUGCCACCCUCCGUCACUUCCUUUCCAGCCAAGACUCUCCGUUGCUAAGCAGCAGCUCACCUGUUGCCUGGUUACCGACGAACGCAGCGGUUCUCUGUAUUAACUCUGCUGAGUUAACUUCCUCUGUACCUUUUAGAUAACCAUAACUCAUUAAACCUGUUGUUAGUUGUUCGAAGCCAUGGCGAAUGCCCACCGGACAAACGUUCUGGUGACGUCGUGUUUGAAAACGCCGGUAGACCCGCACACCAAAGUGCCUUUAGCUUCGUACGAGCGGGAGAGAGUCCUGCCGUACACGGCUACGGGUCACAUGGACAACCGGGACUACGAGAAGGAGUUGGAGUAUGAGGACUCAGGCUCUGAUUUCUGUGAUGAGGACUAUCAGGGGAAGGGUGGACAUCACAUGGUAGCCGGCUACAGAGCAGCAGGAGACCGCCUCGACCUGAGUGAAAUCUUUUUCUCCAAUGAGGAGUACUACAGCAAGCUGGAGGAGCUGAAGAAGGCCCACCUGCGGACAAUGGCUGAGCUGGAGAGCAUGUAUCGGCAAAAGCUGCAGCUCAAAUCCAUGGAGCCUUUUGACAUGACAAAGCUGGAUACGGGGCACAGGUUGCAGUGGGCAAAUAGCGGCCCAGCAGCCUCAUGCCAUCGCCUGAGGAAAUCACACUCUGCUGUUGAACUCAGGUGGAGCUCUGGACAGUCAGACUCUUCAGAUGAGGAUGAAGCUGCCAGUAACGAUGUAGAGAAAGGUCUGCUUUUUUCUCCCAAAGAGCACAUCAAGAACAUGUGGAGGGACUUUAAACUGUCCCCUUAUAGUCGCCGCCUGUCCUCCUCUUCACUGCACAGCCUACCAGGAGGCCAGAGGAGAUCACGAAAGAGGAAAGAAAAGAAGAGGCCGGGGAAUAAAGAUGGUGAACAGGAGCAUUGGAAACACAGAGUGACCAUCCCAAGACCUUUCCAGAUGACGCUGCGUGAGGCUGAAAGGCGGAAGCAUGGUGUAAAGACACGUUCAGAGAUCGAACUGGAGAAUAGAGAGCUGCGAAGGCAGCUAGAGGAACUGACAGAGUGCCAGAGGAAGUUCCGUGCUAGUCCUGUACCUGCACAUGUUCACCUCCCGCUUUAUGAAGAGCUACAGGGACGGAAUGAGGAACGACUGCGAACAAUGAGAGAGCGACAAGAGCAGCAUCUUCGAACCGUCCAGAAGCCCUUUAGCUUCCUCGAGAGGGAGCGACUAAAGAAGGAGCAGAAACAGCUACGUGACCAACAACUCUCCGACCAGCAGAAAGUUAAACCAUUCAAGGCCAAGCCCGUGCCUAAGUCUGUGUAUGCAGCAGCAUCAGGGGAGCAGAUGAAGGAGGAGCAGCUCUAUCGGUCUAUCAAGAUACAGAUGAGGGCUCAGGAGAUGCUCCACAGUGCUUCAAUGCCUCCCAGCAUGCUCACACGGCGACUCAGUGAGCGUAAGAAGGCUAAAGAAGGCAGCGCUUCAGCUGGAGGGGAGGACAGCUUCUCACACAGACCACAGAUAAACAAAGAGGUACCUGAUUUUGAUGCCAGUUACAGACGCUUCCAGAAGCACCUGGAAAAACGAAAGGAGGUCAAGCCCACAACUGCAUGUGAACCCUUUGAACUGAAGACGUCACAGAUCUCCUCACACCGAGACCGCAUCCUGGCUGACAUUGAGAAGGAGCAGAGCAGCCCUCAGAUGCUGCGCUGGCCGUACAUCAGCUCCGGACCAGUUCGGACACCAAACUCAAGCCUCUGCUCAUCCCUCUCAGGCAGCCUGGAGCUAAUUCCGGCCAAAGCUACAGAUGCCACUAAAAAACGCCAUGAGGCCGUGAGAAAGGUCCUGGAGCAGAGGAAGAGGGCUGAGGAGGAGGAGGAGCGGUGGAGGGAAAGCCAGAAGCAGAAGGAGAAGAGGCUGCAGAGGGUAGUUUUGAAGCGUGCCCAGGCCAACGACACCCAUCUGGCUCUCUCCCAGACCCACCAGAGCAAGCUCAAAGACUUCAGGAAACAAGACUUUCAGCGCAGGAGGGAAUACCAGCUGGAGAUUAAAGAGAUGCAGCAGAGAGUGAAGGGAAGGCCGCUGCUGCUGGAGCAGGUUGCACAGAAGAAUGCCAAACAUGCGGCAGAGAAACGCUACACCAAAGCCCUGCAUGGAUGUGAUGUGACUGAGGAGUUUAUCAGCAGCAAAGCAGCCAAAUCAGGAUCUGCACGCAGGACCUCCCCGUCCAGUGACAGCAAGCAGAGUGACCUAGAGGAGAUGGACGCUGGACACGAACCUGUUCACUACAGAAAAGUCUUUCUUGAUGAUGAAGACAUGGAUGACGAAGGCAAGAGCGAAGAAGGGAGAGACAGGGAGGUGGAGAGUGACGUGGACGCCACCGGACACCACACAGCCAGGGAUUCACAUGGAGAUGAUCACCACUAUUCUGAUGAAAGUUACCACUACUCAGAUGAUCAUGAGAAUUACUCAGACGACAGCGAGCAUGAGGCUGAUGCUAAGCAGCAGGAAGCAAGAGCGUGAUGUCAUCGAAUAUCACCAGUCAAAGAGACAUCUCUGUGUUCAAAAGCUCUGAGACAGAAAACUGAACUCAAGUAAAUAAUAAGUGAGGAUGACAAUGCUUCUUACUCUUGGAAUUUUAAAAUGUCUGAGUGUCAAAGGAUAAAAUGUAAGAAUUAAAACUGGACGCUGUACCUGAGGUGGUGCUGUAUCUGAAAUCUCGCUGUUGUUCACCAGUUCACUAAUUCUACACUAAUAAACAUGUAGUGAGUAAGUCAAUUGAGGUUCUGGACAUUUGAAGUUUCUAGGAUAAGUAAUGUACAUGAAAUGAGCUCACUCUACUUUGGCAAAUUUUGUGGGAACAAAAAAAGCAGCAGUUUCACAUUUCAAGGAUUGACUUGAUACAUCGUUUGCACAGUUCAUACUUUGACUCGUCAUUGUAGGAUAAACAUAAUUGUCACCAAUAACAGUAUCAAUGACUGUCUUCUACUCAAGCAUCCUAGUAUACCAGCAUCACAAUGGUGUUUCUCAGAUAUAUUCUACAUCCUACCUGUCUGGAAGAUUUGCUUCAUAUUAAGUGUACCAAUUUACUGUUUUAGUUGUUUCUAAAAAAAAAAACUCAACACACUUUGCAACUAUUAUGUGCAAUGUUUGAAUGAAAUUAAAGUGUAAUUUUGAUUUGUCACUGAAAAUUCAAACUUUUUUAAAAAAAAUGUUUUUCUUGCAAUCUAAUAUUUGUUUCUCAGGUUCUCAAGAGUUUUUUUUUUCCACGAUUCACAGUUGGUUGGAAUAUGUUUGAUCACGUUUCUGGAAUUAGAACACCACAUACUGAAACCAUGCUUUGAAUACAGUAAUCCUGUAAUAUGGAUCUGGGGGCAAUGACACAGCAAAAUCUAGUUCAGCUAUCCUUCAUUUGAACAUUUACACUUAUGCUUUUUAGUUCUGCAAUGAAAAAGGUGGAAUUGAUGGAUGACCUUUCGGAAGCACAACACUGCCACUUUGAUGUCAUAUGUGCACAAUGUUGAUACAGCAUUAAUUAUUUAUUUUUAUUUUUAAAUGAAGAAUUAUUGGACAGCACUUUGAAUAAAAAAAUUAAAUGGCAUAUAUGAUCUCA